CCCACUAUAUAUACCUACACCCCUCAAGCCAAUUUUCUCCAGCAAGAGCCUUUUCUUCUUGGCAACACCUUCUUCUUCCUUCUUCUUCAAGAGGAUGGGGCAUCUUAUUGAAGAGAAGGCUCUUGGAGAUGAUCAUCAACGCGGGGACAGCCUCGAAGAGAAAAUCUCAUUGUUUUUUGAUGAAGAAGACGAAGAACUGGAUCGAAAUUCUGAAGGUGAUUGGGCUGAUGAUGAAGCUGCCAACAAUGAAUUGCAUGACCCCAUUGAGAGAAAAGAGUUCUGGGAUUCACAAGAGGCUUUGCUUCUGGAAAUAAUGGAAAGAUGUAAUUCAAUGGGUGCAAAGUUGAGGGAAGAGAUAGGGAGAGUGGUGGAGAGGGCAAGAGAAACACUAGUGUGCAGCUGCUCCAAGUCAAAUUCAGAUGAGUGUGCCCUUUGUUUGAGGAGGAGAGUGGUGGAUUUGCUUUGCCUCAAGGGUUUCUCUGCCUCUCUCCGUACUUCCAAGUGGAGGCACACUCACAAGUUCCCCGGAGGAUCACAUGAAUAUAUAGAGGUAAUGGCAAGCACCCCUGGGAGGAAGAAGCAAAUCCCAUUCCUUAUAGAGCUCGAAUUCCGAACUGAAUUCGAGAUGGCCAAAGCCUGCGAUGAGUACCGCAGACUCAUCGCCCAACUCCCCAAAUCCUACAUCGGAAAAUCCGACUACCUCAACGCCAUCCUGCGUGUGGUAUGCGAUGCCGCCAAGAGGUCCAUGAAGGAGCAGAAGAUCCACAUGGGGCCAUGGCGGAAGCGCAGCUUCAUGCAGAUGAAAUGGUCCGGUUACAACGACAGAAAACAGCCCUCCAAGGAUCAACCCUGGAACAAGUUUUCGCUGUCCGGCAUCACUGCUGCUGUGGUGGUUAAAUGAGGUGGUCUUUCCUCAGUUUUUUUUUACACUUCUUUCAGGCUGAUAAUAUCAUUAUAUCAACAUAAAUAGAAGGAGCACAUGCAAUGCAUGUAUACCAUAUAAGAAAGGCCGAUGAUGAGAUUAUACAGGGAAACCAAACCCUAGUGCAGAAGCACCAGUCAAGGGUUGCUAAUGUUGUAACUUGUGGGUCAGUUUUGCUAUAAAUCUUGGGGGGCAUAAAGUAGAUAUGAAGAGUGGUUUUUUGAGGGCAUUUCAUUUUUACAUCCAUAAAUAAGGGUAUCAUCAAGAUGUUCUCUUUUCCUUAUGAUAUAAUAUCAAGUUUAAUAUUCUUAGAAAAAUGAAAAAAAAAAAAAAAAAACACCAGGCACUCGUUCAAAUGAGACAUAAAUAUUGGGUAAAAACCAUAUGUUGACAUGAUUCACUAUAUGUUGACAUGAUUCAAAUGAGACAUACUCCAGCAGUACAAAUGAAGCACUAGAAACCAAAGAUACGUAUAGGAAGUCUCCUUGUCUCAUCUCCUUUGAGCCGAUAACCAGUUUUUCUUUUUCUUUCCCCUUUUUUUCCCUCCUUCCUGUUUCCUUCCAGCUACUGCAAUUUCAAAGAAUUUUCCCAGAAUCCAUUUUUGGCAGCCAGCGAACGCGUUUAUUCAGGACUUCCAUGAUGGUGAUCCUAAUGGUAUAUAAAACCUUUGCUAUGCAUUACAAAACUGAUUGAUUCAAGAAGUGGUCACUUUAGUAUUGGGACAAACCAAUGAUGACUUG